AUGAAAUUCCUGCUGUCUUUCGCUGCCGUCAUCGCCGUGGCCGUCGCUGGCCUGGUGCCCGUUGGACCCGCUGGCCCCGUGCCUGCCCCCGAGCUUGUCCCCGUUGGACCUGCCGGCCCAGUCCCCGCCCCUGAGGCCCCUGAAGCCUUCGAACCCAUCGCUAUCGGACCCGCUGUCAUUGACUCCUUCGAGCCCAUCGCCAUCGGACCCGCCGUGAUCGACUCUUUCGAGCCCAUCGCCAUUGGACCCGCUGUCAUCGACGCCGACUCCCACCCCAUCUCCGUUGGCCCCGCUAUCAUUGACUUCCCCCUUCCCGACGGUGGUGUUGUCGCUGAGGAGCCCGUCGUCCCCGGCCCCGCUAUUGUCGCUCCCGCUCCCGCUGAAGUUGCUCCCGUCGCUGCUGCCAGCACUCCUCUGGUGCAGAUCAUCCUGAACAUCAACCAGGCCGCUAGCCCCAUCGCUGUUGGACCCGCUGUCGCCCCCGAAGCCAUCGUGCCUGAGCCCGUCCACAUUGUGGAGGUCGCCCCUGAGCCCGUCCAUGUUGUCGAGGUUGCCCCCGAGCCCGUCCAGGUCGUCGAGGUCGCCCCCGAACCCGUCCAGGUCGUCGAAGUCGCCCCCGUGCCCGUUGAGCCCGUCGUCAUCGGAGUUCCCGUUCUCCCUGAACCCGUCGUCGCCCUCCCCGAGGAACUCAACUAA